AUGGAUAUCACGCGCCGUCGCAAUUUUACGGCAGCGAUCCCAUCCCCCCUACUAAGAAACUCGAACAACUUCGAAGACUUCGGGUGCUUUGAUGAAGAAGAGUGUCGCUUCUUCUUGCGUGAAGUGGGCGAGCGUGUCGUGCCAGUCUACCCUUUCUCUUUCGGUAUGGAAGAGGUGUACAGCUGGAUACUCGAGCGGUAUGGGUAUUCCGGACUGCCAGAUGCCACGAGCGUACUUCAGGAUCUGCUUGAAAGUGAUGGGACCGCAGGCGGCCUGGGAGACGACGGAGAUGUUUGGCGCUCGUGGCGACACAGUUGGAGACAUCGAAACGACGAUGCCCUCAAUCCUUUCAUUCCGAAGGUGGGAACCUUUAUCUUGCAGCCUCCGACUCUGCCACACGUUCGCAAGAUCAAGGCUCUUAACUUCAUUCGUAUGAGCGAAGAGUCUGAGAGAGAAGAGCCAGCUCGAGAUGCCGUUAUUGCUGGGAAGAGGAAGGCGUUUUGUGAAGUGACUCCAGAACGUGGCCGAGUCAUGCCAGCACCAACCACCACCACUGUCAAGCAGCAACAGUCGGAAGAAGGGGACCUAUACCGACUCCCAUCCACAACAUACUCCCAUCAAAGAACCAGGACCUUGCUGUCGUCAAGUCGUGGUUCGCCAACCUCGAGGCAAGAACAGUAUCAGAGACCUGGCACGGCUAGGGAGUCGAACAAGGUGCAUCAGUCUUUCGGAGGUUCUUCCCAGCCAAAGCUUCCCGAGGUCGAUCCGUUGCUAUUCGAUGCAGAUAUUGAUCCAUCGCUCCUGAUCACAUUUGGAAUGCUGUCACCGAGCAGACCUUCCGGAGAGACCGGUUUAAGCCCUAGCUUAAGAGGCGGCCACGGCGAGGCAAUCACUUUCCAGCCGAUCAAUUCCCAAGGCAGUCCGUCCAGCAAAAUUCCUGGGACGGUUCUCAGCAACUCGCCUCUACCCCGUAUUCAGUCCAGCCCAUUCCGUGUCUUUACUCCUGAAACUCCUCGAAGUCACGUCAGGACUGAUGCCAGCAUCCGCUCCAGCCGAGUCGUUUCGGAGCCUCUUCAGGUCUCAGUGAAAGAGGACAAGCAGGGUUCUGUGGAGCACGAUAAGUCAGUCGAGCGACUACGCAAGCUUUCAGACAGUCUCAGACCCUUUGUCCGGCGUCCAGCGGGGGACAACUCGGAGCGCAGCAAGAGAAUUCGUGCAAACCACCGUCAAGUUCGAAUACUGGAUGGUGUCAUCCUUAAUCCCAAAGUCCGCAAAAGAUUGUCGUCGCCUCCAAUAACUGCCGUGGAAGAUGAGGUGCCGGUCGAGGACAAGAAAAAAUCAGGUGUUCGACGCAGCCUUACGCCGGUGUGGCAGAAACGCGAUUCUUCACGUCACAGCUGGAUGGAGAUCAUGCGCAAUUUUUUUCGCACUGAAGCCACUGCCAGCCAGGCUGCAAAACAAUCGAAGCGUGAGUCUUCAAAUCUUUCUCAGCCUGCAAUCAGACCUUCAACAACACCCCCAAGCCAUCACACAAACGACAACAGUCAGACUACUCAGCGAGAGCAACCUUCUUAUCUUCUUGGACUUGACGGCACCGUUGAUCCUCGACCUUUUUUCUUUAGAACAAUCGCGUUCAGGAUGUCGAGAAUGUCGAGAAUGGACUGCAAUAAGCCACUCCCAUUGAGCCCGCCUGGAAUCGCCCGCUCGUUGUCAGCUCACCCCGGAUUCCCCAACGCCUUCCAGCCUCGUCCUAGCGAUUCUGCUAUUCUCACUAGAGCCAACACACGCGCAGACCUCAAGCGCAACCUUCAGGCACUGACAGCGCACGCCCUUAAGCGGAAAGAAAUCCCCGACAAGCACCAAUUCUGCCCUGUCUACGACGAGUUGGAAGGUUCCUUUGGUGAUCAGACAGCAGACCCAGCCAAGGCCUUACAACAGCCACUCUCAGCGCUCACCUACUCCAGUGUCACGAACGCCAACCCUUUCGUGCACCAGCAGAAUGUACCACCUUCGCCUCGGCAAUCACAACCUCCAUUCUCUGGCAUUACGUACUCGAGUAUCCAGAACGCAAACCCGUUCUUCGGCGCGCCAGACACCCCAAGUUCGGGCUUCUGCCCUAUUCCAACCUCGCGACAAGGCAACCUGGAUUUCUCCCUCCCACCGCCAGCAUCCAAAUCGCAUUUCUCGACCAUCAGUCCCCAGGCAUCGACCCUCAACCCAGCGGCCAGUGUGUUCACGCCGUUCAAGAACCUCAUGCGCAAGGGCAGCAGCUCCAAGGGCGUCAAUGACAACGCGACCACAGGAGGAUCGCCAUCUAAGCAACACACGCGCAAGAUCAGCCUUGGAAAGCUGGGCAAUUUGUUGAAGAACCCCUUCAUGUCUCAAGUGCCAACAGAGGAAAAGAUCGACCAAUGGAUGGCAGGAACUAAUGUUCCGUCCACUCGUCCUGCUGCUGCUUCGCCCGCUCGUCCUCCUGUCGUGUCACUUGAUCCGGCUUUUCAAGCCUACGUGUUGGGCCAGGUGGAGGGCAUCCUGGUCAAAUCGACCAGUGGAUUCCUCUUGCACUCUGGCAAAAUGAGACGACUAGACCGGGGUCUCGUCGAGCAGGUCGCUUCCGCCUGGAAGGAGGCCGGGCGUGCCCCGGUCAUCGACUUCUUGUACGACUGCCAGACACAACGGCAGCUGGUACUCCGCCACGCGGCGACGGUCAAGUUCAACAACCUGGACAACGACCGCUUCGCCCGUGCGCUGGAGCUGUGGUCGGCUCUCGUUGCGGCGCUCUCCCCCCGUGUCCUUUGUUUGACCGACAAGGUCAUCUUGGGACAUGUCUACGCCUUACCCGAGGUGCUCAAGAUGCUUCGUGCUCCUGAAGCCACCCGGUUGGCUGCGCGGGACCUGGGGCGGAGAGUCGCUGCCGAGGUCGACAGCAGGAAGGCUGCCGUGGCCAACAUGGCCGGGAUCUGA